AUGCACGAUGAUUUGGAUGUUUAUUUAAAUCAUAACAAAGUAUCAAAAUAUCGAACGAAAAAUGUGAAAGAUGGCAUUAAAGUUACAUAUCGUUGUUCGUCAUGUGGAAAAUAUCCAGAAUGUAGUUUUCAAGUUCGUGUAUUAUUUAAUUCUCAAAAUGAAAUAAUUGUGUCGGCAAGUGAUACACAUAAUCAUAAAAAAAGAGCUGAUACAAUUCGUGCUCCAAGUCCUGUUCGAGAUAUAGUAUUAAUAUCAGUUGCAACUCGACUUACUCAAGCUCAAGUGAAACGUGCAGUACAAAAUGAAUACAAUGGCCUAGUUUCAACUACUUAA